AUGGUUCCUAUUAGGUCUGGUAGCCCGUCGCUCCCGCUCCUAGUACUGCUCUCCCUCCUCAUCGUUUCCUCGUCCCCUCCUCACUCGCCUUGCUCAGCCACCCGCGCCGCUGCCAUCGGCGCGCAGUUACCGCCUGCCUCAGUUCCGCCCGUGACCAGGAACCGCGACGCGAACAGCACCAGCGUCUACACUCCGCUGCCCCGCGCGUGGCACCCGCCGUUGAUCUUCCGCUUAACCCAUGCAGUGCGGUCGCUGCCGCGUCAGCACCACGUGUUCGGGCGGAAGUCGGGGCGGCCCGUAGAAGCGGCGGAAGUAUUUUCGCAGCCUGCGGAUGGGGAAGCGCCGGCGUCAGCCGCGCAUGGGCGCUCCCUGGAGGCUUCAACCGCCGCCAGCGGCGCCGGUGCGGGCGAGUGCGACGCGGAGUGGAUGCUGCUGUGGCCGGCCGCGCAGGAGUGCUGGCUGCCGCGCAUGACGACGGCGCAAGGCGGAACAUCCGCGCGCGUGGCUUCCGCGGCCUCUUCCUCCGCGCACCUCCAAGCUACCGCGCAAAGCCUAACUUCCGUAGGCGUGGUGAUUGCGCAGGCUUCCGCGCCUCCCCCUCCCCCUCCCGACGACCGGCCAGACGAGGGGGAUGGGGGGAGCACUCCGCCCGCGGGGAACGAGGCGCGACUGACACCCGACAAUGAAAUCAUUGGCGUGUGUCGAACCGGAGCCACCUCCACCAUCACCAUCGCCCCUGAUUGGAACGGACAGACGUGGCGAGGCUGGGGAACCUCGCUGGCAUGGUUCGCCAACUACGUGGGCAAGCUGCCAGACGACCAGUUCAAUCUCAUAAUGGAUUUGCUGUUUGACAAGGACAAGGGCAUCGGGCUCAACCUCGCGCGCUACCUCAUAGGCGGCAGCGUCAACUACACCAACAGCCCCCAGUUCCUCACCGCCGCCUGGGAGACCCGCUCUCUCCCCGGCUUCCGCGUCCGGCCAAACGGUCCCUACGACUGGACGGCGGACGGGCGGCAGAGACGGACGAUGCUCGCCGCCCUGGCGCGGAAUGUGGACGAGGUGGAGGCGAUUUCAUACUCGCCGCCCUGGUGGAUGACGGUCAGCGGGGACACGGCCGGGACUGAACAGGGCAAGUGUAAUUUAAAGCCCGAGUAUUUCCAGGCGUAUUCGGACUACCAAGCGUCUGUGAUCGAGCACUACCGCAGGUACUGGAACGUGACGUUUUCCACGAUGAACCCUUCAAAUGAGGCGCUGGAAGGGUGGUGGUCGCAGGGUUCGAAGAACGAGGGGUGCAACUACAGCCCUGAGCAGCUGAGCACUCUCAUUCGCCUCCUCACCGCCAACCUCAAGAAACGAAAGCUCCCAACGAAAGUCGCGGGGUUUGACAGUUUCGUCGGCGCCACUCUCCGGUAUACAUACAAGUUCCCUGCUGCAGUGAAGGCCGGCCUUUUUCGGCUGAACGUGCACGGGUACAUUCCGCCGCCGCCCAACACGACGGAUACACGGCGGUACAUGGAAGGCGUGAUGGUGGGAAUGCACCGCAUGGCGACCGGGCUUGGCAAGGAGGUGUGGAUGUCGGAGGUGGGGCCGAUGUGGGUGGUCGGCAAUGAUGUGGGUGUGAUGCUGUUCACAGCACGGCAGAUAGUGCAGGCUGUGAACAUCAUGGGGGCUUCCGCUUGGAUUUUCUGGCAGGCAGUGAGUGGGGUGGCUACUAACCCAGACGCGUUCCUGAAAUGGGGGCUUUUGGCGAUCAGGAUCUACCGGCUGAACGACACAGAAGUCAAGCCGUUGGAUCUGGUGAUUUCCAAGAAGCUCUACAUGCUGCAGCAGUUUGUGCGCGGGGCGCCGCGAGGAAGCCUUCCUCUGCGAAUCGACACGUCCGGCGGUUGUCAGCACUGCAUUGCGGCCUUCUUCCAUCCUGACCAGCACUCUGUGUCCAUCUUCAUCGUCAACCAGCGCGACACCCCGCACACUGCGACGUUUCAAUUCGAGAAGUUUGAGCCGUUUGACGCGGGUCAGGAGUGCGUGUUGGAGACGUAUCGCACAUCAGCGACGGAGAACAACACGCUGGUGGCCACCCAGAGCUACUCUGAUGUCCCAGCUUCGAUACAAGUGGCGGCGCUGGGCAGCUCGAUGACGUCCGUGGUGCUGCGCAAUGUGGACCCCACCUAG